GACACACACAUACACACAUACACACACCUACAUACACUGUAUCUCUUUUGUUGCUUAACGACAUUCGAUUCUUCUUAACUCCAGUACGACGACACGACCUGAGGAACUGUCGCAUAGUAGACCAUCUUGUUAUAUCAGCACCAGGACCGAAUACCCGGGACAGCCCCCUUCACCGCCAAUGCGACAACAACACUUCUAGGCGAGAUCGAUUUGCGCACAAGGCACAUUUUCGAAAUCAACAAUAAACAAACAUGGCUGAACCGCCUUCUUCACCACCGAACGAGUCCGCUACUCCCGAAGAAUCCCUUGCGUGGUAUAAGAGACAGUAUGAAUUGUUGGCCGACGAACUUGCCGAUUUUCGUGAAUCCAGUCACGACUUGGAGGCCGAACUUGAAAAGGACUUAGAUGCUGCCGAUAAGCGACAACGCGAACUGCUUCAAAAAGCCGAAGAAUUACAGUUUGAAGUCGACGAGUGGAAAGAAAAAUGCAAGAAAGCAAAAACAGAGGCAAACACAGCGCAGAACGCUCUGGAGAAGGAGAUUACGAAUCUCCGCGACUCCAACCGUACCUUGCAGCUUAAGUUGCGCGACAUAGAGGUGGCCAACGAUGACUUUGAGCGGCAAGCACGGAACACCACGUCAUCUCUCGAAGACAUGGAAUCUAAGUAUAACGUGGCUAUCGAGAGAACCGUCAUGAUGGAGGAGGAGAUAAAGAUAGGCGAACAAGAACGAGAGACUUUGCGCAUCGAGGCUCAAAGAUUGCGCGAGGAACUGUCAGACCUGAAGGUAGAGGCCGAGAUCAUGCAAGAUAAGAUCAAGAAAGCAGAGAUCCGCCAUCUAUCCGCCAUUUCCACAGAUAUCUCGAUCCCUGAGUCACCUACAUUCGAGGACUCGCCCCGCUCUUCUAUGGCAAGCUCUCCCCUUGUCACCACACCCCCCGACGACAUAUCUUUGCCUCCUUCGAACAAGGGGGCUCCUACGCUCAACGAGCCUCCGUCGCCGCCUAUGUCAGAUGCUUCAGCGCCUUUCCCAAGACCUGCCUCUAGGCUGAAGACGCCCGCACCCUCGACACAGAAGAGGUCCCGCCUUCCUUCUGCCGAUCGCAGCAUUACUCCCAAACCGAAGACCGCCGUUUCUACCAGCACGCGCGUUCCAGGUAUGCGCUCCGCUACUACUAGCCAUAGCAGUACGGCGCGCACGCCUGCGCCAAAACGUACCACUACGAACCGCUCAGCGUCGAACAGAAUACCGCCGUCGACUUCCCUUACCCAUGUGCGGACUCUCACUGCGCAAAUGCAACGGUUGGAGGCUCGAGUUCAGUCAGCGCGGUCUAAGUUACCCGCUCCUGUCAACACUCCACCACGCGCAUCUCCAAGAUCGUCGGCUGCUGGUACAGGUCAAGUGCCUUCUACAGUCACGAUGCGCUCGCGGAAGCGCACUAUCGGUUCUACAACCUCCUCUAUAGCAGAUGAGACUCCAACCCAGGCUACGACGUCCAGGCACGUGUCUAGGCUAAGUACAUCCGGUGUAUCGAGACUAUCCUUCGGUCCACUGCCAAAUCGAACCAAUCAUUAUGAUCCGGAUAGUUCGUCUAUUAGCAUAUCUCGUCCUAGUAGCCGAGCCAGCGUGUCGAGCUAUGCCCGGCCUGAGAGGCCACCUAGUCGUACCGAGAUCCCUCGUCCCAUGUCCCGCACGAGCUUUUCGGGUGCGAGAACACCUUUGGGAGUAAGGCCUAGAAGCUCUUUUAGUGGAAGUAUACAUGGCCAUUCCCACAGCGUUAGCCGUAUCGACCCGGACGAGUUCGACGAACGUUUCGAGGAACGCACCCCAAGUCGCCGGGGUACCUACAGCAAGUUUGACGGUGAUGGAUCUGCUAGUAACAUACCCAUGCCUCGUCGACAGAGCGGUGGAAUGCAUUCGGCUCGCAGAACUAGUGGUGGCAGUACCAGUGCAGCAUCAACCGACGCCCCUACCGGCAGACCGAGGAAGUUGAGCGAUCUCGGGGAGACUUACUAGUCUCCCCCAUGACCUUUUUUUUCUCUUCUCUUCUCCUGUAUCUUACGGAAGUGCUACAAUAACAGCACUCUCGGACAAGACGCAAGAGGUUCUAGCAUUAUACCUU